GUGGAACCAGGCCUCGGCGCCUGCUUCGGUACAGGCCUUGAGAAGGCCGCAGCUAGGCCGCGCGGCGUUCCUUGUUGCAGGAACGGGCCGGAAGCCUUGCAGAUAUUGUGACUGAUGAGAUUUAAAGGCCAUGGAUGAGGAUGGGCUUGAUGGGCCACAUGACCCACACACGUUUUUUGAUCCAACAGGAGCUGAUGAAACGCAUUUGAACGGAGAUGAAAUUGUUGUCGAAAUACAGGAAACUGUAUAUGUAUCAGAUGUAGAAGAUUCUGAUAUAGCUGUACAUAAUUUUGUCCCUGAUGAUCCAGAUUCUGUAGUAAUUCAAGAUAUCAUUGAGGACGUUGUUAUAGAAGAUGUUCAGUGUCCAGAUAUCAUAGAAGAUACAAAUGUAUCUCAAACUGUUAUUAUUCCUGAACCAGUGCUGGACACUGAUGUCACUGAAGAAGUGUCUUUGUCACACUGCAGUGUUCCCGAAGAUGUUUUAUCAUCUGAAAUUACAGCUUCAGCAAUGGCAAUACCUGAACAUGUACUCACAAAUGAAUCAAUACAUGUACCUGAUAUUGAACGUAUGGAACAUGUUCAUGACCAUAAUAAUGUUGUAGAAGCAGAAAUUGUUACAGAUUCUCUUGGAGAAGAUGUAGUUUCAGAAGUUUUAGUGGCAGACUGUGCUUCUGAAGCUGUAAUUGAUGCCAGUGGAAUAUCUGUGGAGCAUAAUGAUGAAAAAAACAACUGUGAAGACUACCUGAUGAUUUCCUUGGAUGAUGCUGUCAAAACAGAAGCUGACAAUUCUGUUGACCUUAAAUCUGAGUCAGAAAGUGAUCCAUGUAAAAUGGAUGGCAUUUGCCCAGAAGUCAUCAAAGUCUACAUUUUCAAAGCUGAUCCUGGAGAAGAUGACAUAGGAGGCACAGUAGACAUUGUGGAAAGUGAAUCUGAAAAUGACCAUGGUGAAACUUUAAUUAACCAAAAUAGUAGUGUUCGCAUUCCAAGAGAAAAAAUGGUGUAUAUGACAGUAAAUGAUUCUCAGCAUGAAGAUGAAGAUUUAAAUGUUGCUGAAAUUGCUGACGAAGUCUAUAUGGAAGUGAUAGUAGGAGAGGAAGAUGCAGCAGCAACUCAUGAACAGCAAAUUGAUGACAGUGAAAUCAAAAGCUUUAUGCCAAUAGCUUGGGCAGCAGCUUAUGGAAAUAAUGAUGCAGUUGAAAACCGAAAUGGAACUGCAAGUGCUCUCUUGCAUAUAGAUGAGUCUUCUGGUCUUGGAAGGCUAACAAAACAAAAGCCAAAGAAAAGGAGAAGACUGGAAUCCAGACAAUAUCAAACAGCCAUAAUUAUUGGGCCUGAUGGCCAUCCUUUGACUGUCUACCCUUGUAUGAUUUGUGGAAAGAAAUUUAAAUCCAGAGGCUUCUUGAAAAGACACAUGAAAAAUCACCCAGAGCACCUUCUUGCUAAGAAAAAAUAUCGAUGCACUGAUUGUGAUUACACUACAAAUAAAAAGUUAAGUCUGCAUAAUCAUCUUGAGAGCCACAAGCUUACUACCAAGACUGAGAAACUAAUUGAAUGUGAUGAAUGUGGGAAAAGUUUCUCUCACGCAGGAGCUUUGUUUACACAUAAGAUGGUGCAUAGGGACAAAGCAGCAAACAAAAUGUACAAGUGCAAAUUCUGUGAGUAUGAAACAGCAGAACAGGGAUUGCUGAAUCGUCACCUUCUAGCUGUACACAGCAAAAACUUUCCUCAUAUUUGUGUGGAAUGUGGAAAAGGAUUUCGACAUCCAUCAGAGCUCAAGAAACACAUGCGAAUCCAUACUGGUGAAAAGCCCUAUCAAUGCCAAUAUUGUGAGUAUAGAUCUGCUGACUCUUCUAACCUGAAAACUCAUGUAAAGACACGGCAUAGUAAAGAAAUGCCAUUCAAGUGUGACAUUUGUUUUCAAAUAUUUUCUGAUACCAAAGAGCUGCAACAGCACAUUCUUAUGCAUCAAGAAAGCAAAACACACCAGUGUCUGCACUGUGAUCACAAAAGCUCAAACUCAAGUGAUUUAAAAAGACAUAUAAUUUCCGUUCACACAAAGGACUAUCCCCACAAGUGUGACAUGUGUGAUAAAGGCUUUCAUAGGCCUUCAGAACUGAAAAAACACGUUGCAGUGCACAAAGGGAAAAAGCUGCACCAGUGCAGACAUUGUGACUUUAAAAUUGCAGAUCCAUUUGUUCUGAGCCGUCAUAUUCUCUCAGUUCACACAAAAGAUCUUCCGUUCAGAUGCAAGAGGUGUAAGAAAGGAUUCAAGCUGCAAAUGGAACUUAAAAAACACAUGAAAACACACAGUGGUAGAAAAGUUUAUCAAUGUGAGUACUGUGAAUAUAGCACUACAGAUGCCUCAGGUUUCAAGCGGCAUGUUAUUUCCAUUCAUACAAAAGACUAUCCUCACCGUUGUGAAUUCUGUAAAAAAGGCUUUCGAAGGCCUUCAGAGAAGAAUCAACACAUUCUGCGGCAUCAUAAAGACAUUGGGUUACCAUGAGGAUUCAAAGAUAGGGAUUUGGGAAGGGUGUAAAAGAUUUGCUUUUUAGGCAGUCAUUGUAUUUUAAAGCAGAUCUUACAAAUGAAAUACUGUGCAUUUGAUAUAGUGCUGUAUAUAGAUAGGAAUAUUGCUUCUAGUUGACUUUUAUAUAUUUUGUUCAUUAGUGUGUUCUGAAUUAUCUUUCGUUUGUUUAAUAAAUGAGGAAAGAUGGCAACAAUAAAGUUGCAUUUAAUAAAGUAAACUUUGUCUUAUACUGAAUUUUUCAAUUACAUUAAUUCUCAAAAUGUUUGCCUGCCAUGCCAAUUCAGUUUUGACAUAAAUUAAAUUUCUAAUUCGCUCAAAGAUGUCAUAUAGAGGGCUGUUCAAAAAUCAGAGCAGAAUUAAUGUCAAAAUACUGCAUUGUACAAUAGGAUCCACUUGAUUGUCCCAUUGGUAUUUAAGGAACUUACUACAUUCAUUUGAGUGGUUAUUUAACUUUUUUCCAAUACUGAAGUUAUUUCUUUAUAGUAUUGAAUACUUCCAUAAUGUAAGAAAUACAUUGGUUGCUGGGAGCAUUUAUUUUCAAUAGGGUGAAUUUUAAAGAAAAACUUGAGGCACUUGUUCAUUAAGUAUUCAUUAUCUGCUUCUCUGCUUUUUUUGUUCUGUAUUGCAAAUGUACUUGUAUUUUUGAAACAUAUUGUUUCAGUUGUUGACAACAGAUAUUCAAUUGACUGUUGCUAGGUUUAUUCCAAAUUAAAUGCAGUUUUAUUACAAGA